AUGGACGCCUAUUCGGGGUAUAACCAGAUCCCCUUACAUCCCAUUGACGAGGAGUACACCUCCUUCAUCACUAAUCGAGGGCGCUUCGCGGUACUGAAUCGCUUCAUCUCCAAACUGACUGAUAAAUGCCUCACUUUGUUCAAGGCUCUGAAAGAGAGAAAAAGAUUCUACUGGAGCGAAAAAUGUGAAGAGGCAUUCCAAGGGCAGAAGGAGCACCUCGAACGGGUACCCCUUCUUUCCAAGCCAAGAAAAGGGGAAAUUUUGUUACUAUGCUUGGCUGUGAGUAGCGAGGCCGACCGCAUCAAGGGACAAGCAGUGGCAGACUUUGUCGUCGAAUUCACAGGGGCAAUAGACUUCAAUGUCAAAAUGGAACUAACGCACCAUCCAGCAUGGACAUUGUUUGUAGAUAGGUUCGCUAGAGAAACUGGUUCAAGAGCAGGGGUCCUACUAGAAAGCCCGGAAGGCCACAAGCUCAACUGUGCAAUACGGUUCGGCUUCAAAACCUCCAACAACUCCACUGAAUAUGAGGCGCUCUUAGCAAGCCUCAUCCAGGACAAAUGUAUGGCUGCAUACCUAAAAAAGGCGAUGAAGCUGAUUCCCUACUUUGACAAGUUUGAACUAACCCAGAUCCCGAGGGUUGAAAACUUGCACGCGAAUGCCCUUUCAAAAUUGGUAAGCAGUAAAGAUUCAGAAUUGCUCAAGAUCGUCCUUGUGGAGUACCUCCCUAGAUCCUCCAUAGCCAAAGCAGAAGAAGUAAUGUGGGUCAAAAAAACCCCUCAUUGGAUGCGACCCAUCACAGCCUACCUCCAUAACAAUACCCUACCGAAACAUAAGGAAGAGGCCAGUAAACUCAGGUGUAAGGCUGUCCAUUUCAUACUCAAGGAUGAAGUUUUAUAUAAAAGAGGUUUCUCAUUGCCUCUUUUGAGGUGCACAAGUGGAGAUGAGGCAAAUUAUGUACUAAGGGAAAUCCACGAAGGAAUAUGCAGUAACCACAUUGGAGGCCUAACACUGGCCCAUAAAGUGUUGAGGCAAGGUUACUAUUAG